AUGACAGGAAAGUCGGCUGGUGACAACCGACAGAAACAUUGGUCCGAAACAACAACCUCUAUGGAACAGGCCUUAAUGGUUGGCUACACUCGACAAUUUUACCAAACUAUCCGCCAAGUCAAUCACUGGCUUGAGCACUUCGAAUACCUCUUCAGCUUUGAUGAGCAACCCAGCACACUCUCCCUGUCUUGCAAAGCGGAGCUUAAUCCCUCUCCAAGCUAUGCAGUGCCGUGCGACCUCCCUUCUGAAGACAAAGGUGCCGAUGCAAUACAGAGGCUGCGCAACACCAAGGCCGCCGGAGAGGAUGGUACUUCUGCUGAAAUCGGCAAGUACUUUGCUGACACUCUGACGUCCUGGCUCCAUGAGGUGGUCAAGGAGGCGUGGAGAGAUUAA